AUGGGUUCACAGAAAGUUAGUAUUGAGCACAAUGAAGUUAAAGAUAUUGAGAGUAGUUGUCCAGACUUGGUUUAUUUAGGUGAUGGUAAGGCUAUUGAGGAAAUAUCAAAAGAUGCCCUUGACAAAACUUUGGCGGAUGUCUAUGAACACACCGACAAAGAACACUCCUUGACGCUUAUGCAAGCGCUCAAAGAAUACAAAAAAGCAGUUAUGUGGUCCAUCAUUGUUUCCUUGACUAUCGUUAUGGAUGGUUACAAUAUCACACUUUUGAGUUCACUUUUUGGAUUUGCUAGUUUUAAAAAAGAGUACGGUCAGCUUUUAUCGAAUGGAGAGUAUGACCUUACUGCUUCUUGGCAAACAGCACUUUCAAUGAUGAAUAGUGUUGGUAAUAUUUUUGGAAUUAUUUUGGGCAGUUGGUCAGUAGAUUAUAUUGGCCAUAAACGGCUUAUGCAAAUAUCGUUUGUGUUUGCAGUGGGGUUUACGUUUAUUCUUGUUUUUGCAAAUUCCAAAGAAGUUCUUUUGGUGGGUCAAUUAUUAAUGGGUUUCCCCAACGGUGUGUUUGGUGUUAUUGGUCCCAUGUAUGCCUCUGAGGUUUGUCCAGUGGCUUUAAGAGGUUACUUGACAACUUAUGUCAAUAUUGCAUUUAUUAUUGGCCAAUUGAUCUCGCAGGGUGUUCUAAAGGGUCUUGCAAAUAAAACAUUCAAUUGGUCAUAUAGGAUCCCUUUUGCUGUCCAGUGGUUUUGGCCCGUGGUGCUAGUUGGUCCACUUGCAAUUGUCCCAGACUCGCCAUGGUGGCUCGUUAGAAAGGGAGAAAUCACCCGGGCAAAAAAUGGGUAUAAAAGGUUGGUAACAAACAAAUCUGACUCCGAAAUUAGCAAUGCAAUUGAAUUCAUGGUUCAUACUACGAAAAUGGAACAAGAAGUUCAAGCUGGCGCUACAUACUUGGAUUGCUUUAGAGGAGUUGAUCUUCGAAGAACUGAGAUAAGUGCCAUUGGUUUGAUGAUUCAAAGUGUUACACUUGGUAAUGUGAUGUCCUUUGCAGUUUACUUUUUUGAACAAGCAGGAAUCGACAAUAGCAAUGCCUUCACUUUGGGUAUUGUACAAUAUGCUAUUGGGUUUGUUGGAACCGUCAUUUCAUGGGUUUUGUUGGCACGAAACUUUGGAAGAAGAACCCUCUAUUUGCUUGGACUAGGACUUUGUGGACUCUCGUUCUUGAUUAUGGGGUUUAUCUCUUUGGCUCCACCUUCUAAUCUGAGUGUCAAAUGGGGAACAGCUUCAUUAUUGUUUGUUGCAGUGUUCUUUUAUGAUAUGACUAUUGGACCAAUUGCUUUCUCACUUGCGAGUGAAAUGUCAUCUACCAGAUUAAGAGCGAAAACUAUUGGUAUUUCAAGAAACUUGUUUCAUGUUUGGUCCAUUGUGAACAGUGUGAUCUACCCUUACAUGUUAAACCAAUCCGAAGGUAAUUGGAAGGGUAAGGUUGGUUUUUUUCAAGUUGGAAUAAUUGCUGUAGCCUUUACGUGGGCUUAUUUCAGAUUACCUGAACCAGCAGGAAGAACUUAUGAAGAAUUGGGAAUUAUGUUCAUCAGAAAGGUCAAGGCGAGAGAUUUCAAAAAGUAUCAGAUUGAUACCUUGGAUAUUAAUGAAAUUGUGCAAAUUGAUGCUAAACAGAAAAAUGCAGAGAAGUAA